GAAAUCGAGAGCGUGUGCUGCAUGACUCACGAGUGCUGGGAGAAAAAAGUGUCACUACUUACUGUGUCUCACAGACGCAGUUUCAGACGCCUCAGCAGACUCGCACGCAGAUUACAUUUCAAACUUCAGAUAGCAAGUGUGCGUUUGUUUUCUCCAACUUCAGAGGGGAAAAAAUCGGAUUUUAAAGCCCAGAAGUUUCGAUUUGCUCCUCUGCAGCCAGGUAAAGUUGGCCAGUGAAUUAACAGGAACUAAUCAUGAAUGAGAUUCCUGGUACGGUGCCUUCGACAACACUCUCCACAUAUAUAAACACAAUUGCGACAAAAGCAUCAGGUAUGGGGCUUUUAACAACGCUUCCCACACAAGCAGACACCACCAUGACUCAGGUGGUAACGACAGCAGCCCCCUCCAGUUCAGACACAGUUGUAGCAGUUGUUAUUGUCCUCAUCCUGAUGACAGUAGCUGCUUUGGGCUUCCUGCUUUACCGGUAUCUCUGCCACAACAAAGGAGACUACAGGACGACAGGGGAGCCGGCUCCGGGGGAGGACCCCGAUGACGAGCACAAUAACCAGGCUGUGAGCGAAAAGAAGGAAUACUUCAUAUGAACCAUGACCAAGACAAGGUUCUGUGGAAGACUGCUAAGAAAUAGGACUGUUUAUCUGUUUUUUGAGGGAAGGCCACGACUUCUGCACACGGUGGCAGAAAAAACAAAACAUGUUUUAAGUUGUGUGUUGUGAAAAAUGCAGAAGCGCACAAGCAAUACCAAAGAUUAGAUCGUUAGAGUGAAUAUCGAUGGAUGAGGAGCAGGUGACAGGACAACAGCUGUGUGGUUUAGGUUAGCAGAGCUACGCAUGAAACAGGUGGUGGGAUUUUAGCAUGUCACAGUUGCUUGAUCUGUAAACACUCCGCAACAAUCUGCUACACUAUUUAUCAUCCAUGUUUCAUUUUUUCUACUAUCUGCAAUAUGUCAUUCAGUUUGUUUCCCCACAAAAAAAACAAAAUAUCUUACAAGAUGUGUUAUGUAGCUAUUGGGGAAAGUUACUGUUCUAUUGAUUUGCUUUUAAAAUGAUAGUUUUUCUAUGAAAUUAUUUUAUAAGCUAGUUAAAAACAAUGUUUUCCUUUUUGAAUUCAGGACAGCCUAAACAUUUGUUGUACCAGGUUUUCGUUUUGUAUUAUUCCUUGCGAGACAUGUUUACUGAUGACUUCCCCAUUUGAGAUAAAUGUGGAAGCCAAUAAAACUUGUUUUUGGACUAGUGCCAUUUAUAGUGUGACAGCUUGCAGUGAUUUUGAAUGUGUUUCAUAAUAGUUUGUCAUAAACCCACAAACGGACUUUGAAUCGAUGGUCAAUGCAGUAACAUCUGAAAUGUUUUACACAGUUUGUUAGAUAAACCUGGCUACAUCCAAUGUAAUAAAAAAACACUAUAAAGAAGCAUAAAUUCAGUUUUUGUUGACAUUGUUGAGUCGAUCAGCUGACAAAAUAUUGAACAUAAAUUCCAGAAAAGUAUCAAAUUAUCACAAUGGGUGUUAAUCCAAACCGGUCAGUAUUAACAAGGACUGAAUUUGAUAAGCUUCUGUAAAGGUGGGAUUUAUUGUGGACUGCUGAAUUAAAAUGAAAAAAAAUCCACAUUUGAUUCAAUUUCUUUUAUAUCAAAGUGACAAUAUUUGAGUUAUUGACUCUUUCGUACAGUAUGCAUACUAAACUAAGGUGGGAGAUAAUUCUUUAUGACAAAAGUGAUAUUGGUAUGAAGGCCAAGCAAGUAGCAUCCACUCAAACAAUCAAGUAAGUUGGUUAAACGAUCCAUUACCUGUGAUGCAGUCCGGCCAGGGAAAGGCAACAUUUAAGCUAUAAUCACAUCAAAAACAAUAACCAAAUAGUCCAGGUGUCAUCUCAGGUCACAAUCUUGAACUAAAAACCUGCCCUGUUCUAAUACAAUGUAUAUGUAUAGAAAAUUAAACAAACAUGCAGCAUUUCAAAUUUCCAAAAUAACCUUUAUUCUAAACUUACAUUUUAAAUUUUAAGUUUAGUAUAAAAAAGUUAAGUGCACCUAAGACCUUUUUCCAAAGUAUUCCAUCUUUUUGACACUCAUCUCCUUUAGUAAUCUUAAAAGAUAGAAUGUGUACCAAAGUUUGUCACAUCACUUUAGUACAUACAUCUGUUUUACAAAGUAUUGUAAAGAGAAUCCCUGAACUAUAAAUGUCCAUAAUCCUUCAACAAAGAGCGGUCCAUUUGCUGGCUGUGGUUGGCAUAGCAUCUACUGGUCAGAUGUAUUUUACAGUACUUCAUAUUGCUGGGACAAAGCCACCAUUAUGCUUCUUUACAAACAAGAGAUGGGGGAAAAAAAGAAAAAACCUUAAGACUGAUUCAUUUUUUUUUCUUCUUUUAAGUUUUGAUAGCUGUGGCCUCUUCCUCAGCAGAGCUGUAUGAAACGACAGCACGAGUGAGAAUAAAUGAACAUUGAGCCAUUUAAAGAAAAACACCCGAGUGACACAAUGGUCAUGUCUGGUAUCGUAGUUUCUUUAUGAGCUGCUGACAGAAGUUCAUCAGACGAACGAAGCACGUUUCCAGACAGCUGCUCUCUCCGGCUUAACACAGAAAUAACUAAAUGUCGGUCGACAGCAUCAGCAUUUGUUUUCUGGUGGCCACAGCUGUGAAAACUUGAUAUGGCGUGUCGGAUACCCAGUGAUACAUCGACGCUACCAGACACCAAAAUUAAGAAUAUCUACAAAUAUACGUUUAUGGUAUCCAUACUAACUUAGCUAGUUUCAGAUACCUUAUUUAAGCUUGCAAGAUAACAUAUUAUGUAAAGAAUCUAAAGUUUAAUUAGCAGCACAAAAAAAUCUGCAAAUGAACAAUUGUGCUGACAGUGAUAUAGCCUUGUUGCGAGUUGGCAUACACUUUAAGGCUACCAAACAACACGACACAUCUUGACAUUACUUUCAAAUGGACUAGACUUGAUGGAUUUUCUAAAAAGGUCCAGCAAACUCACCGUUUCAUUUUUUUAAGUCAUGAAAACUGAAUUAAAAGAAAGAGUAGACCCUAGUCUGCAACCACUCAGAUUUGCUUUGCAGUGCAUCUCUGUUGAAAAGUAUUUAAUCAAAUUUUACAAAGCAAAGGUGCAAAAGUAUGCAUCAAUUUAAAGAUGUGAUUAAUCCACAUAAAGUGACAUCAACUUACAAUUGCAUUCAUGUCAAACUGAAGGUCUCGGGACCAACAAUCUCACACCUGCUUAUUUGAAGAUAGGUUUGCUUUUUAAAUUGUGACAUUUUAAAUUUCAAGCCACAACCAAACAUAAGUGCAUCGAGACCAAAUUUUGUUACAACCAGAUCAUUUGUUGUACUAAAAAGUGUAUUAUACUAACUAGUCAUGUAAUUGUGGAAAAGUAAUGAAGGAAAAAAAGAAACACUGAAAUAUUUAUUAAAGUCUCCUCAACCUUUUAAAACGACAAGAAACUAAUGCUAUCACAAAGGUGACAAUUUUCUACGGUGAAUAAAUACUUAAAAAAUUGGAUUGAUUCUAAAUUAUACUGUGUGAAAAGACAAAGAAACAGUGGAGAGUAGUUCUUGAAGUCUGUACAAUAAAACAUUUAGUGUAUAAACUCUGGGUAUCCGACUGUGAAAUAAAAACAGGAGAAAAAAAAAA